CAUUCCCUCCAUAGAAAAAAUACAAAAGAGUGUCGCUGUUAUAUUAUAGUAAGCCUCAGAAUCAUUGCAAACCCUUGUGCAUAAUUCCGAAAAUAUAAUGUCCGGUAGAGGUAAAACCGGAGGGAAAGCCCGUGCAAAGGCAAAAUCCCGUUCAUCUCGAGCAGGUCUUCAAUUUCCCGUAGGCCGUGUACACAGACUGUUGCGAAAAGGCAACUAUGCGGAGCGAGUCGGCGCGGGUGCUCCUGUCUAUUUGGCCGCUGUGCUGGAAUAUCUGACGGCAGAAAUUCUGGAGUUGGCAGGCAAUGCCGCCAGAGAUAACAAGAAAACGAGGAUCAUACCCCGCCAUCUGCAACUGGCAGUCCGCAAUGACGAAGAGUUAAACAAGCUCUUAGGCGGCGUAACCAUCGCACAAGGCGGAGUGUUGCCUAACAUUCAGGCCGUGCUUCUGCCCAAGAAAACUGAGAAGCCUGCAAAGAGCAAGUAACCACAGCCAGCGCAAACCCAAAACACAUCAACCCAAAGGCUCUUUUAAGAGCCGUCCAUUUUUUAUCUAAAGAGCUUUUUCCUCCCGAUUUUACUACUGCCAAAUGGUCUUGCCUGGGGUUUUGGUCGUCUCGAGAUGGAAGAUUUUUUUUGGCCCUUGUGUAGAUUGCCCUUCAACUUCCCGAGUGGUGUUCUUGCUACAUGUGAACAGUUCCUAUUCUGGAUAAUUGUCAUAACGGAAUAAAAAUCCGCCGCUGAGGUGACAGUGCUCGAACAACAUGACUUGCAAAGCUGUCACGAUAUUAUGUGUGCGCUUCGGACUUAAAAAGGUAAUGGGACUCCAAAAUGGUGGCGAAUCCAUGGGUGGGGUGAACGGCACCACACAAUUCUUCGUUUAUGGACCAAUACUGAGUUUCUUUGUAAUCUGUUAUUGCUAACUUUUUUGUGGAAACGUGAUGUCAUAGCCCUGGUCAAUGAAUGAUUGUGUAAUAUCAAUAAGGCAGUUAUCUGGUUCGUUAAUAAAUGUUCUGUGGCUAAAUA